AUGAACGUUGUAAAAGAGGAGUCGAACCUGCUCUACGGCGGGCUGCUCCGGAAGGAUGUCGCGCGGAUGCCCGUGCACCAACAGCGGUAUCUGUACACGUCGUUUAUCCUGGUCCAGUUUCUCCUCACGCAAGUUCUCGGCGUGUACGCGAUCUUCCACUUACCGAGGUUACUGCACUUCUUUCUCUUCGUCGAUGCGAUUCUGUUCCUCUUUCUCUGGAAAAACCGGUUCAAAAACGUUUACUUCGUACCCACACUGAUCUGCACGACGUUUGGAUUGGCGCUCGGGGGACUGGCCGCGGCGUACAAUUGGCGUAUGUUUUUUGAGCACGUUGUUUUUUACGACACGGGGACCACCUACCGAAACGUCGUACCAACCAGCCCGGCGGAGGCCUUUUUGGACGCAUCGCAAAUGCAGUUCUCGCACGAAAGCAUCGUGGAAACGACCAGGGGAGUUGGGUAUACCAUAGGGAGUGUUAGUGUUUGUUUUUGCGAGGGAUAAAAGUACCUGCUUCAUCCUCACGACAAAGGAUUCCUUUGAAGGAAUACAAAUGAUUUACACGACAGCUGGCGUCCUGUCUUACUACCGCCCCAGCUAUCAAAAUUCCCGGUUUAACAACGGACUUAAACUUCAGGUACAAACGCAAAGGGACCAUGUACUGUAUCGCCCCCAUCGUGGAGAAGGACGCGGAGACGAGUUCGAAAGUCAGCUUCUUAUUGUAAAGAAAAAUCCCCACUCCCCAUAUUGAAAGUCCACUUGUCUGAAAAUUUGUGAUGCAGAUUUGUGACCACCAAUCACGUCUGUGUUGCAAGAAGGCGAACCCAGAGAGUCCGCCGCAUUAUGCGGGCGGUUUGUGAUGCUGUUGGGCUUACAGUCUAGACGUUUGCCAUGCUAGGCGCCUGCGUCAAAACCUCUCGACUCAGGCUUAGCAUAUGCCUGCAGUCCCCUACUGCAAGACAAGUCUGAUUUGUGUCCGGAAAUCCAGCAGCAGAAACUUCGCUUGGAAAUGUGGAGGGGGGAUUUUUCCUUUUGAUACGUCUGGGCGGUUGGCAUGAACUGUUGCGACACGGUCGGACACUUUUAUUGCGACAGUAGUAUCGAGCAAAGUGUGCACACGGCAUCGGUAAUACUACGACGGAAGCCCAGCAGGUUUUGGACGAAGAGCGGGUCGGAAAUAUUCGAGGAUGCGCAGGUAAAAGAGUACUGAUUCUGUAGGUAGAUAGGCUACCAGGGACUGCAUGCUUUCGCCAGGAUCCAUAAAGGAAGUGGAAGUUGAUCCAUUCUCGUUCUCUAUGCACUGAUUUUAAGUAGUACCUCAUCAAUCUAUCAUGUUCAUGUUGUUGUUGUCUGCCACAGCAAAAUCAAAAACGUCGUCUCACAGCUGAAAGCCGAGGGUCAAUUCAGUCUGCCGCACGAGGAACAUACUCUUUACGUGCGCUGGAUGAAGGACACGACGGAGUUACGAGAUACGUAUGUUGCGAAAAGUCUCGUCUUCUUCUUCGUGUCCGCCGCAGUGGUGGCGUUCCUGGGGUUCGGCUUCACCUUCGUCCUGACGAAGGUGUUUGCGUCCGUCCCGUCGGCAAUGCACAAUUUUCCAAACGGCGGGCUGCCAGGGAUGAACAACAGUUCAGCACUAGAUAAGAGCUACGGAUCAGUAGGCAGAGACUCACCGCUGAAGACGCGGAUGUUGUGAUUGCGAGCUCUGGAUCAAAUAAACUCAAAAUGUACUUACCGCUGCAUUCUGAUUUUCUUUUCCGCUCGGAGCUACGCACAGCGCUCCGGGUACUAAUGUGGAAAUUGAUGAAGCAGUCGCACAGUGCGUGAAAAUACGCGUCAGGAAUGAUGUUGUUGAUCAAGGCCAUCUUUUGUCCAUGUGACUGUGUUUUCCACAAACAGGAAAUCGUUCGCAACUCCAACUUUUUGCAAAACACUGCUCCCGUCUAAGUACAUUCACUUCUACCUCGCUACAGAAUCAAUAAAGCCUCUAAGUAGAUGAGACGUCAACAAAGGAG